AUGAAAGAACUUGAAAUAGAAGAAAUUGACACUUAUGGCUUGACUUUAAAUGACAGAUUAAGCAAAGACGAUAAAGUCAAUAAGUAUGGCAAGCAUUUACUUCAGCUUUGUGAACGUACGCAAUUAUAUUUAGCCAACGGGAGAGUAAACGGUGAUUUACAUGGAGAAUGGACAUAUGUUAGCUCACUAGGUUCUAGUGUUAUUGAUUAUAUAAUUUUGUCACAAGAGCUGUUUCAACAUGUUGACAAGAUGAAUGUUGGUGAAGAAUGUCUUUCCUAUCAUUUUCCGAUGGAGCUUUCAAUUAUCAGCAAUGGUAAUGUAAGGAAGAAUUUGGAUUGUGGGGUACGAUUAUUUUCGAUUAAAGGAUAUAAAUGGUCAACGGAAAGUGAAAAGUUAGUUGAAAAUAGACUUUCGUCAUCGGAAUCCGAAUUUUUCAAAAUUGGAAUUGAAUACUUUACUGAACAAAACGAGUUAGAUUCGGCUGUUAAAGUGUUUGAUUUGUGGAUAGAAUAUCUAUUAUCCGAUUUCAGAAAACAUAAUAUGGCGUGUCAUAACCCAAUUGGCAAAUGUGAAUGGAUGGCAUCUACAACCAAAGAAAAGACCAGACAAACAUGGGAUAAAAAUGCAAUGGCAAAUGCAAUUAAAGCUAUACGAGAAAAGCAAAUGGGAUUUUUAAAAGCAUCAAAAACAUACGGAGUACCCAAAACUACGCUUAUACGCUUAUCAAAAAUAGAAGACAAAUCAAUUAGUGACAUUACGAACCAAACACUUGGAAGAAAAUCUACUUUACCAAGUCAAUUGGAAGAUGAAUUAGCUGAUUAUAUUCUAGAAAUGGAAAAAUCUGGAUUUGGUCUCACACGCAGGGCCAUCAGAUCUUUGGCUUACCAGCUAGCAGAAAAAAAUAACAUAAAGCACUCAUUUUCACAAGAUAAUGAAUCUGCAGGAAGAUCAUGGUUGAGAUUAUUUCUCAAGCGCCAUCCUAAUCUAUCCUUCCGCCGUCCAACGGGCACAUCAAUCGCAAGAAUGAAAGGCUUUAACAAAGAAAAUGUCAACGCUUUUUUUGAUUUGUUGGAGAGCUCUUUGAAUGAAAUCCAGUAUCCUGCGAGCAAUGUGUAUAACGUAGAUGAAACUGGUAUUUCAGUUGUGCCAUCAAAAAUGCCGGAGAUAUUGGCACUCAAGGGCAAAAAACAAAUAGGAACUGUAACAUCAGCAGAACGUGGAUCAACGAUCACUUGUGUGAUAUGUAUGAGCGCAGGUGGCACAUUUGUGCCACCGAUGAUGAUAUUUCCGCGAAAACGGGAUAAUCCACUACUGAUGAAAGGUGCUCCACCUGGUGCCAUUCACGCUUGUCAUCCCUCAGGAUGGAUACAACUUGAACUAUUUACUCAAUGGUUCGAGCACUUUUUACAGCAUGUGAAACCAACUGCUACAUCGCCAGUUCUCCUGAUUUUAGACGGGCAUGCCAGUCACACCCGAAAUAUCAAAGUAGUGGAUUUAGCCAGAGAAAACCACGUUCGCUUGCUGAGUCUACCCCCUCACUCAAGUCACAAAAUGCAGCCACUUGAUAAAACAUUUAUGGGUCCAUUAAAAAAGUAUUUGACUGAAGAAAUUCGUAAAAGACUACGGAUGCAAGCUCGAGCAAUAACACAUUACGACAUCGCAGAAUUAUUUGGUCAAGCCUACAUAAGAGCUCAGCGUGCAGAAUUGGCCAUUAACGGCUUCCGUGCAACUGGAAUAUAUCCCGUGAACAGGAAUGUAUUCCAAGAUCAUGACUUCAUUGACGAAGACCUUCCAGAGGUAGAAGAAACUUUUGAUGAUCCAGUGCGCGAUUUAAUGACACCAGUCAAUGAUGAUUCCGAUAACUGUUUGCCUGAGCCAAGAACUGUUGUAACUCCGAGUCCUCAAUCUGUGAAUGUACCGCCAUCACCCCAGAGUGUUGAUGGACAUCACCAAGCUAACCCGCAAACCGAAAUGCCGACGACGACCAUCGAUGAUGCUAUAGCUGGUCCCUCAACAUCAUCUAGAACAUUUUUGUCGCCAAAAGUGUUGCAGCCUAUACCGCGUUUGAAGAAGACAGUCAGCAAUAGAGGAAGAAAAACCACCAGGCCUACGAUUUUGACAUCUUCACCUUAUAAACAAGAUUUAGAAACGUCGAUACAAAGGAGCACAAAAAAGAAACAAAAGAAAACGCCAAAGAAAACAGCACAAAAGAAAAGAAAAAUCGCAAAAGAUAAAAAAUCAUCGUCUGAAAGUUCUGAUAAGAGUGAUUUUUCAGUCAAUGAUAGUACCGAUGAAAGUCCAGAUCGUUCCCAAAAUCAAAAUGGUAGAUGUUUGUAUUGUAAUGGGCUUUUUUCAGAAGAUGUUCAUGGAGAGAAAUGGAUCCAAUGUGCAUCUUGUAGGGAAUGGGCUCAUGAAGAUUGUGCUGGCGUAGAAGAUAUGGUUGAUUUCUUCGUGUGCGAAUUGUGUACCAAUGACUAG